GUCAUCUGACAGUUUGAAUUUUGAUGACGGAAAGAAAAAGGUUAAAUACAGAAAAAGAGGGAAUAGGCUGAUUAUGAUUAAUUGAGAGAAUAAAUUAAUUAAAUAAGUCCUAAAAUAGUAUAAUUAUAUUACGAAUUGUAUUAGUUAAAUUUAAAAAUACAGUCCUUAUAACAGAUACAUAAACUAGUGAGCAACGUGUCCUAGGUUAGGCCGUUAAAGGAAUCAUGUUAUUACUGGCGUAACAUGACAGAAAGGAAAAUGUGCAAAUUCUAUAAUUUAAAUGUGCCUGAGCGACGCGCUGUUGACAGUGGACUUCAAAAUCAUGGGGGCAACGAGGAGGAUGAUAGGAACCAAGACGACCCUAUGCAGCCUUACGUGCCUCCAAACGAGCACAAGCUGGAAUAUAGUUAUUGGAUGUGGUUCUCGAGGCGGCCGCCCGCCAGAGAACUAUCAGCAACAACAACUGGUUAUGGACAGGCUUUAAGAAUGGUAGGAUGUGUUGGUUCAGUGGAACAGUGGUGGGGUUUGUACACGCACCUAGCGAGGCCUCAUGAACUGCCGCCACUAUCUGACCUGCACCUGUUCAAACUGGGCAUUAAACCCAUGUGGGAGGAUCCGGCAAAUGUUAAUGGUGGCAAAUGGGUGGUGAGACUAAGAAAGUCGCAGACUGGUAGGGCCUGGGAGGACUUGUGUAUGGCGAUGUUGGGAGAACAGUUCAUGGUUGGCGCAGAGCUCUGUGGGGUUGUGCUCUCUGUUCGCUUUCAGGAGGACCACCUGGCCGUGUGGCACCGGACGGCGUCCGACAUAGCGGCGGCGGGGCGCGUGCGCGACGCGCUGCGGCGCAUCCUGCAGCUGCCGGCGACCGUGCCCGUCGAGUACAAGGCGCACGGCGACUGCCUGCGCGCCUCCGCCUCGCGCGCCGACGACCAGCCCGAGCGCACGUAGCGGCGCAACGCUUGCCCCACUCAAUUUUGCGACGCCCGGUUGCGG